GUCAAGUCGGCCGCAGCCACCUUCCGCCACGACUGUGAGGAAGGCCGGAGCAGGUUUGCCCCCGAAUUCCCUCAGGUUGAGUAGCGUGCUUGCGGCAGUGCUAACACAGAGCUGAGGACCGAACCCAGGGCCUGGCGCUUGCUAGGGAAGUGCUCUACCACGGAGCUAAAUCCCCAACCCUAUGAAAUAACUUGGAAGUGGUAGACCAUUGAGCAGUGGUGACGGUUUUUGGUUGUCUGUGUCUGUGUCAGGAUACGACCGAGUGGAAAAGAGCUCAAUCUGCACUGAUAGCAUCAAGUAGUAUUGAGUACAUGGUAAAGUACACAGUAUCUAAUGUGGAACUUUGGACCUGACUUCUCACAUUGGUCAUAAUCAGCUGAGUUCUUGCUAAAUUUCUGACAUGGAGAGUUCCAGUUCUAGGUCUGUGAAACUGGACAAUUGGCAGAAGAAUUACUUUGUAGUUACAUCUGGCACAUGUACACCAGGACAGAAGGCAGAUGCAUACCGUGCACAGAUACUACACAUUCAAUAUGCAUGGGCCAACGCUGAGAUCUCUCAGGUCUGUGCUACCAAACUGUUCAAAAGGUAUACAGAAAAGUAUUCUGCAAUUAUUGAUUCUGACAAUGUUAAAACUGGCUUGAAUAACUAUGCAGAGAGCAUUUUAGCUUUGGCAGGAUCUAAACAGGCUGACAGUGACAAGUGGCAGUCUGGAUUGUCAGUAAAUAAUAUUUUUAAAAUGAGUAAGGUACAGGAGAUGAUACAAGCUGGAAAGAAGUGGAAGGAGUCUCUGCUGGAACCUGCUGAUGCAUUAUCAGUAGUCAUCGGUAAAGAGCCCACUGUCUCUGAGCUUUCUAAAUUUAGUGUUUGUGGAGGUUCUGGAGAGGGUGACUUUCUAUCCAAUGACACAGAUAGGACUCAAGCCAUCCCAGGCAGCAGUCUGAGACAUUCGCGGUUUCAGAGUGCUCUGUUGUCUUUGGCUACUAGUACCACUAAGGCUUGUCCCACCUCCUCAACACCUUUAGGUGAGUCAGCCACUGCAACAUUUCACACUACACCAUUAUUUGGAAAUACCAGAAAUGAAAAUCACAGCUCUCCUAAAACCAAUACAGGACCAAAUAUGUCUGUAUCCAAUCUGUCUUGUUUUCCUUCUGGCUGUGAGACUCCACGAAAAAGGAAGGUUUUUUCUGACUCUGGCACCAUUGACAAGCUUUCUAAACCAAUACUGAAAAAGGUUUCUAGUAAAACAGAAGAUGGUGACCAAAGGGAUGACAAUAGCCUGCCUUCCUUUAAAACUGCAAAAGAACAGUUAUGGGCAGAUCAAAAAAAAAGGUACUACAAAUCCCAGCAUAUAUCAAAAUCUUCAUAUGGUGGUAUGAAAAAGUCUUUGGGAGCAGGGAAAUCGAGAGGAAUAUUUGGAAAGUUUGUUCCUCCAGUGUCUAAGCAAGAUGGAGAUGAACAGAAUGAAAGGGUGAAGUCCAAGCCUACUAGGGCAGAGUCUGCAGAACCUGUACACCCCACUCAGGACCGUCUAAAGAAUGUGGAGCCAAAGAUGAUUGAGCUUAUUAUGAAUGAAAUUAUGGACCAUGGGCCUCCAGUACAUUGGGAAGAUAUUGCUGGAGUAGAAUUUGCAAAAGCCACAAUAAAGGAAAUUGUUGUGUGGCCCAUGAUGCGGCCAGAUAUCUUUACUGGAUUACGAGGGCCCCCUAAAGGAAUUCUCCUCUUUGGCCCUCCAGGGACUGGUAAAACUCUGAUUGGCAAGUGCAUUGCUAGUCAGUCUGGAGCAACAUUCUUCAGCAUCUCUGCUUCAUCUUUGACUUCUAAGUGGGUAGGUGAGGGGGAGAAAAUGGUCCGUGCGUUGUUUGCUGUUGCAAGGUGUCAGCAGCCAGCUGUCAUAUUUAUUGAUGAAAUUGAUUCUCUAUUGUCUCAAAGAGGAGAUGGUGAGCAUGAAUCUUCUAGAAGGAUAAAAACAGAAUUUUUAGUUCAGUUAGAUGGCGCAACCACAUGUUCUGAAGACCGUAUUCUUGUGGUGGGAGCCACAAAUCGGCCCCAAGAGAUUGAUGAGGCUGCCCGGAGAAGAUUGGCGAAAAGGCUUUAUAUUCCCCUCCCAGAACCUUCAGCCAGGAAACAGAUAGUAGUUAAUCUCAUGUCUAAGGAGCAAUGUUGCCUUAGUGAUGAAGAAAUUGAACUGGUGGUGCAGCAGUCUGAUGGGUUUUCUGGAGCAGAUAUGACACAGCUUUGUAGAGAGGCUUCUCUUGGUCCUAUUCGCAGUUUGUGCACUGCUGACAUUGCUACCAUAAGUCCAGAUCAAGUCCGAGCAAUAGCUUAUAUUGAUUUUGAAAAUGCUUUUAGAACUGUGCGACCUAGUGUGUCUCCAAAAGACUUAGAGCUUUAUGAAAACUGGAAUGAAACAUUUGGUUGUGGAAAGUGAACAUAGCAAUUGAAAUGAGAAGCUGGCAUCUAAUAGUAACAGUCCUUUUACCUUUAGCACAGGAAGCUUGGGGUGUGCUACUUCAUUGUUGUGGAAUAUAGCCUGAAUGCUAUGCCUCAGAUUAGAAUGCUAACAGUUUAACUCCCGAUUCUUAUAUUAGUAUUUGCCGUCCAUUUGUUAUGUGGUGUGUAAGCUCAUUUCAUUUAAAUAGAAUGACCGUUUAUUUCUAAGUGAGUUCACAUUAGAACUUUAGUUUGGUAAUAAUAAACUGCUAGUGUGGUCUGGCUUAGAUACAAUUAAUUAAGAUCUUA